AAUUUGGCGUAAGGUUUCCGGUAGUAGGGGCAGUCUGAUCUCAUCGUAUAAAAGUCUUUGGAACCAGUGCUUUGGAAAGAGUUAUUCUCCACCCGAAAACGUGAUCUCAACAAGAUGAAGUACAUUAUAGUGCUGGCUGCUGUAGUGGCCGUGAUUUACGCUCAAGCGGAACCUGCCGACGAAUCCGCACCGCAGCAGACGGUGAUAGUACCUACGUCGGACAUUAUUCCACCAGCAAUAUCACAAGUAGCAACGAGCGAAGUGGCCGAAGCGCAACCACGUAAUAAGAGAGCGCCGAUCCUCCUGGGGAAGGCACUUCUAGGCGGUGCUCUUCUUGGUAAAGCCGCUCUCGGCGCCGGAGUUGUGGGCGCCGGAGUUGUGGGCGCCGGAGUUGUGGGCGCCGGAGUUGUGGGCGCCGGAGUUGUGGGCGCCGGAGUUGUGGGCGCCGGAGUUGUGGGCGCCGGAGUUGUGGGCGCCGGAGUUGUGGGCGCCGGAGUUGUGGGCGCCGGAGUUGUGGGCGCCGGAGUUGUGGGCGCCGGAGUUGUGGGCGCCGGAGUUGUGGGCGCCGGAGUUGUGGGUGCCGGUGCCCUCGGUGCGGGAGCCUUGGGUGUCGGAGCUCUCGGUGCUGGAUUGUACAAGGCUAAAUACUAUGGUGGCGGAUACGGUGGAUACGGCUAUGGUGGAUACGGCGGAUACGGCUAUGGUGGAUACGACGGAUACUAUCCCCGUUAUCAUGAACGUUACUAUCCCGAUUAUCAUUAUCACAAUCAUUAUCACAGCUAUCCCUAUUAUAAUAGUUAUUAUCCCCGCUAUUACGGAGCAGGCUACGGCUGGUAAAUUGAUUCCGAUUUCACAAUGUAUCGUGUAAGUUUGAUAUAUAUUCUAUUAAAAUUUUAAACUUCUAUGUAUUUGUUCUAUACUGGAAAUUGUUAUUUUUCAAUAUAGUUAAUAUUUCAAUCAAGUUUAAUUAAGAAAUACAGUAUAUAUUUCUAUACCAAUAAAAAUAUUCUAUAAUAUUUCUCCUAAAAAGAAAAUAUCAAUUUUUUUUUUAAGCAAACAAUUACGGAGGUACAAAUACUUUUGUAUGAUUCAUUCUAUAUAUCUUAAAAUCAAUAUAAUAAUCGAUAUAUUUUCUUGCAGAUCUCGUUAAUGCGAACAGAAUUAUCUGCCAUACGAUUUACCGCCAUUUCUUGUGGAUCAUUAUUUAUAUAUUAAUAAUAAAAGCUACCUUUCUUUUUACGCAAAUAUUUGUCCGAUAUUUGUACAUUUUUUAUAUGUUUAGAAGCAAAAUGUGUUGGAGAGAAAAGCAAAAUUAGAUGUAUUACAACACAUGUUUUUAAUACUGUUUGUAACGAAAGUUGUAAAUAAAACC